AUGUGUCCAACGAAUUCAAAUUUCUUGGUGAAGUUUAUCAACGAGCGUUUUAGCAAUGGAUCAAUAUCUUUUGACAUAUUAAAUGUUUUGCAGCCUGAUGAUGAUGAUAUUGACCUCGUUGGAGACGAGACUGAGGAGGAAAAGCAGGUAGCAGAACAAAGGGCUGUUGCUGCUAAGGCAUCUGCCAAGAAGAAAGAGAGUGGAAAAUCAUCUGUUCUUUUGGAUGUUAAACCUUGGGAUGAUGAGACUGACAUGAAGAAGCUUGAAGAGGUUGUUUGCAGUACUCAGAUUGAAGGGCUUUUCUGGGUGACUAAAUUGGUUCCUGUUGGCUAUGGGAUUAAGAAACUGCAAAUCAUGCUUACCAUUGUGGAUGACCUUGUUUCAGUCGAUGAUCUCAUUGAGGAAAGUCUAACUGUCGAGCCUUGCAAUGAAUACGUGCAGAGCUGUGACUUUGUCGCGUUUAACAAAAUUUAAGGGCCAUGUCUGGCAGCAAUUUUGGUAGUUUUCAAAUGUUACUUUUGCUUCUAGUUUUUAUUUUUCCAUCUUUCAUCCAAGUUUACAUGGUCUUUCGGGGCAGAAAUUUAAGUUGUUGUAACUGUUAUAUGUCUUCCGUACCAUUGAAGCGGAGUUGAGUACUUAGCUAUUGUUGUGUACUCACGAUAUUCUUUCUGAUAAAUUUUGAGGGACCAUGGCAAAUGGUUU